AUGUCUCGUUAUAUAUCCCUCUCCACCAUCACCACAGCCCUCACCAUCCUCCCCCGGAUACAGGCAAUCCUCUCCUCGCCUCCCCUCAUCAUAAACACCUGGUCCGGCCCCUUUACCGCCGCCACAGACGCCGCCUUUUUCGCCCUCACAUCCAGCCUCUCAUCCUCCUCGCUCGCCCUCGACGCCGCCCAAGCAGGCUGCCAGGCAUGUCAAUCCAACCAAUGCGACACCACUGUCGGCUUUGGCGGCUCGCCGGAUGAGUCCUGCGAAACGACGCUUGACGCGCUCAUCAUGGACGGCCAGACGCUCAACGCCGGCGCAGUGGCGAACCUGCGACGAGUGAAGGAUGCCGUCGGCGUGGCGAGGCAUGUGCUUGAACAUACGAGACACACGCUGCUCGCGGGUGAGCAGGCGACGCAGUUUGCCGUGGAAAAUGGAUUCGCGGAGGAAUCACUAUCGACAGAAGACUCGCUUCGGGUAUGCCAUGAAUGGAGAGCCAACAACUGCCAGCCCAAUUACCGAUCCAGCGUCCUCCCCGACCCCCUUUCCUCCUGCGGCCCUUAUAUCCCCAACAUCAACACCAAAACCAACGUCCUCGCCGAUAACAAUCAACACCUCACAUCACAGUCCACCGAUAUCAACGACCCAUCCCAUGACACCCUCUCCCUCAUCGCCCUCUCCGCCGCCGGCCAACUCGCAACCUGCACAACCACAAACGGCGCCUCCCACAAGAUCCCCGGCCGCGUUGGCGACGGGCCCAUCCCGGGCUCCGGCUCCUACGCCGACUCGCAAGCGGGCGCCUGCGCGGCCACGGGCGACGGCGACCUCAUGAUGCGGCUCCUGCCGUGCUACCAGGCCGUCGAGUCGCUCCGCCGCGGGAUGACGCCGCUCGAGGCCGCGCAGGACGCGGUGCGGAGGAUCGUUGCGCGGUUUCCGGACGCGAGGACAGGGAUUGUGGUUGUGGACUUGAAGGGGGAGCAUGCGGGUGCCGGGAGCGGGUGGGAGUUUACGUAUUCGUAUAGGGGAGGGGGGAUGGAGAGGGCGGAGGUGGUGGUGGUUGAGGCGUUGGACAAGGAGGCGGAUGAGAGAUUAGAGCUGUGA